GCAAUUUUUUUUCGUUGAUUGUCAAAUUUGAACAUAAUAUUAAAAAUACAAAUUUGAAGUGACAAAAUAGGAAGCUUAGUUAAUAGAUUUUCAAAUUUCGCACAUACUUGCAUAUUUCUUAUUUUUUUUAAAAAUCGCAUUAUAUAUUUUAUGUUUUUUAAAUUUCUGAUUUGGUUUAUUUAUCAAGUGGGCAUAUAGAAGUAACGUUUAUACUGAAAACUAUGCAGAAUUCUGGGGAAAAACUGUCCAAGUUGCCAAUGAAUUCAUUCAAAACUAAAACACGGGAUGAUGGCUUUUGGACAUUUUGUAAAAAUAUUUGUGUUAAGGAAUUGGAUCAGAAAGAGAAAUUUGCCUUUCGAAUUGUAAAUCAAAUUUUGUAUUCAAAAAGAUUAUUAGUUGAUCAUGUAGAAUCAUUAGAACUAAGUCUUCCAUAUUUUGCUCUAGAUCAAUCAACAGAAUAUUUCACAUUGCGCAAUGCAUCAAUUAUUGUGAUCAGCUCCAUCCUACAUAAAUUUGUCACACCUCGCAAUUUUAAAUUUACAUUUCUACCUGUUUCAUUGUUUGCUGGAGGCUUUUGUAGUUUAUAUAUUGCAAAAAAAAUUAAUGAUGUAAGGUUAAAAUAUAUUGAAAGACAAAUGGAUAAAUUCAUUCAAGCUCUAGACAACUUUGGAAAUUGUAUUAAAAGAAAUAUAAUGUACUUCAAUGAAAUUCUAGUCAUGAAACCUAAGGAAUUAAUAGAGUCCAGGCAAAUAGAAAGAGCUUGGGAUUGCAUCACAUCUGUUAAAGAAGUUAUUGAUAUUUUGUACGAUGCAACGAGAAAAUUGGAAGAAAAUUAUAAGCUGUCACCAAAAUACCAUGAGUUUUAUUUUCCAAUGGAGGAAUUAAGAGAAUCAGAUUAUUUUAAUAAAAACGUUACUGAUUUCACUCCCAAAAACAUAAAGGAUUUUUAUAAUAUAUAUUCAUAUGUACAAUCGCAGUUUUUACUUCGGGUUGCAUUGACCGUAUGUCAGUAUAACAAAAUACCCUUCAUUAUCGAAGAUAUUCCUGAAAUGCAGCGUCUCAUUCAGCAACAUAUUAAUGAGGAAGAUGAACACUUUGUAAACUUAUCAUUACAAUUAAAAGCAAAACAGCAAUUUGAAAUAUCUAACAUACAUAAACAACAAACAAGCUUGUCAAAAUCAGGUCCAAUCGCAGUACUUAAAGAAUCGUCGAUGAAACUGAGUUCUUGUAUAAUAGCAGUAGCUGAAGAAUGCCAAAAAUUGGACUUAUCUUUACAAAAAGUAGACGAGAUUAAAUUCACUGAAAAUUCUAGUGAAGAAAAAACAAAUGAGGGAAAUUGCUUAUUGGAUAUUGCAAAUAGUAUGAGAGCUAUUGAAAGUUCUUUAGAACUGUGUUGCAAUGAUUUCCAUAGACUUAUAAUAGUGUAUAAUAAGUUUUUGAAUAUUAAUAUAGAAUCAAACGAAUCUGAAAAUUCAGAUUUGGAGAAAGAUAUUCAGCAAUCAGAAUAUGAUUCUAAUUCAGGUUUUAAAAAUUAUGAGUUUGAAAAUGAAAAAAAAGAUGACUUUUUUGCUUAUGUUCAGGAUUGUGAGGGAGUGAAUAACGAAAAAUUGAAUGAGCAUAGUUAUAACGACUUUGAAUUAAUUAAUUUAGAUGAAAAAAUUACAAAAGGAAAAUUUAAACCUGUUUUGAAACAAUUAAAAUUGAAAAUUGACCCAAUCAAAAAAGAUAUGCUUGAGAAAGAAAAAAAAGUUUUAGAAUCAAAAGGUAUUGAUAUUAAUAAACUCAUAGAGAUUAAUAUUGAUAAUCUAAAUGAUAAAGAUGUUCUAAAAACGGUGAAUAAAGAUUUGGAAGGUGAAAGUGAAAAUAAUGAUAGUGACGGCUCAGCAGAUGAACUUGAAAAUUACAUUCAACGGCCGAAAAAAGAUAACUAUGAAGAUAUGAGAAAUUUCUUAGCUCAAAAAGAUGCCAUUAACAUAUUUCAGAAAGCAGAAACUCUUUUACAAAAACACGUACCUGAAGACAUUUUGGAGUAGCCAAUAAAAUCAAGUUAAAUUUUCUUACAUUUUUUUUUUUUAUUAUCUUAUAAAUCUAAUUUAUAAUUUGGUUAUUAUAUUAAAGCAGUGAUUAUAUUUAAAA